ACAAAAGGGGAAGGGGAAUUCAGAAAAAAAAAAAAAAAAAUCCCUAGAGUCUUCUUCCUCACAACCGUUAGCCUCACCCCAACCCGCUGGACUUCCAUCUCACCACCAUCUUUGCCGAUCAUCUCUUGGGCAUUUUCCUUCCAAGACCUGAAACUGUUGAGCAUUCAUCUUGUUGUAUAGCCACAGCCACUGAAGAGGGGAAGGGUUCCAUUUUUUUCUGAUUUUAGGGGAGCAGCCACACACACACACACACAAAAAUCUUCUUUCUUAUACAACUGUUACCCCCUUGGAUGAACCCCGACUCUCAUCUGGUCACGAGCUUGGCUGCAUUCUCUCUCGGAUUCCCGCUUCACCAUUGAUUCGGAGAAGAAAAACCAGGGCAGCUACGGGAAAAAAAGAAAAAAUCGAGACUCCUCCACCCAUCUCCCUGAUUUUGACUUGUCCCACCUUAUAGUGACUCCGAUUUUUUUAAUCUUUCACACCUUUAAUAAUUUUAAUUUUUAAGUGGUCGUCAACAAGCAUUCCUGAUUGCGUUUUGUGAGUACUGUUGUUGGAUUCUUGAUUAUAGGAGAAAAAUGAUAGGAAGUGGUCGUAUCAAGCUGAGCCCUUGGCAACAGGCAGCUGUUGCAGUUGGUUCAGCUGUUGGUGCGCUGCUGGACCCACGAAGAGCAGAUCUAAUAGCAGCCCUUGGGGAAACAACAGGGAAGCCUGCUUUUGAAAGGGUUCUUGAAAGGAUGAAGAGAAGCCCGGAAGGAAAAGCAGUACUUCUAGAGCGACCACGUGUUAUAUCUUCGAAAGUGGGGCAUGCAUGGGACUUGCCACCGAAUACUUUUGGUGCUGCCUAUGCUAACUUCAUGGGAUCUAGGAACUUCUCUCCAGAUGAUAGGCCGCCGGUGCGUUUCAUGGACACAGAUGAGCUGGCAUAUGUGGCUAUGCGUGCUCGUGAAGUGCAUGAUUUCUGGCACACCCUAUUUGGCUUACCUACCAAUUUAAUCGGUGAAUCGGCACUCAAGGUUAUCGAGUUUGAGCAAAUGUACCUUCCCAUGUGUAUACUUUCUGUUGUUGGUGGAACUGCAAGGUUCAGUGAGAAGCAGAGAACAUUGUUCUUCCAACAAUACUUUCCCUGGGCAGUCAAGGCGGGCGUACAAUGUACAGAUCUCAUGUGUGUAUAUUAUGAAAGGCACUUUCAUGAAGAUUUAGAAGACGUUCGACGGAAGUGGGGGAUAAUCCCAGCUCCUGCUAUUUCUAAGUAAUAUUCACAUUGGUUUCAGACAAGUUUUUCUUAUUUGAAACCCCCUGCUGCCUAGUUUCAAAGAGAGAGGAAAAAAAAAAAAGGGUUAGAUUUUUUGGGAGGUUCUGGACCUUUCUGGUAGGCUGGUACUUAGAUGUUUCAAAUUGCAAACUUAGCUGGUGCAUGCAUGGUAUAGUUUUUUCUUCGUUUUUUUCAUAGUUUAUUGCAAACCUAUAUAUACAAGAAAAAUAAUUUAAGGACAAUUUA